AUGCCGCUGCUCAACGAAGAGGAAAUUGAACGAUUCCGCACUAAGGCGUGCCACAAAGUUCGCUCUACACGCUGCGACUUCGGCUCUGAAAGAUGCAACUACUGCCAUGAUCCCUUCUGGGUUCGCCGGUCGCCUUUCUCUUACCGCGAUUUGCCUGCUGCUGCUGCUGCAGCUGCUGCAGCAGCAGCAGCAGAUGCUGCGGCUGCAGCAAAUGUCGAAACAGCAACGACCUCCACUGGAAAGAUAGCUGUACUUAGAUACUUACCCAUCCUCUGUUCGAGAGCAGCAGAAGCAACAUCUUCUGCUGCUGCAGAAACAGCAGCAGCAGCAGCAGCAGCAGAUGGCCAAAGAACGCCGCGAGCAGCAGCGCUGCAGCGCGAGUCCGUCGCUAUGCCUGCUGCCGCGAGAGCAGCAGCAGCAGCAGCAGCAACAAAGCCAGCAGCAGGAGCCAAAGCAGCAGCAGCAGCGAAAGCAGCUCGAAGCCUUUGCAGCUCCGCCUGCGUCUUCUCGCAUAGCAGAGACGAAAUCAACUUCCACCCUCUCGUUUAUAAGCGUGCUGCAUGUGCUGCAUAUCCCAGCAGCAGCAGCAGCAGCUGCGAUAGCAGCAGCAGCAGCAGCAGCGGUUGGGGCUGCAGCAGCAGCACAUGCGGGGUGUAUUACUGCCACAAGACGCAUGGGCCUGCGGAAGAACGGAAGCCGCAGCUGUUUCUGCUGCUGCACAAGCCAUCGUCAGCAGCAGCAGCAGCAGCAACAGCAGCAGCAGCAGCAGCCUUCGCACCCUUCGUGCUGCCAGCAGAGUGGGUGGGGGCGUCUCUAAUCUUUAAUAAGUUUUCUUUGAAACCCUACAGCACUGGAGGCUGCAGGCUAGGAGCUCUUUCUCAUAAGCAGCAGCAGCAGCAGCAACUGCAGCAGAAGCAGAAGCAGCAGCAGCUGUGGCAGCAUCAGUCUCGUGUGCCUCGCAUUCGAGGAGAUAGGGAGCGCUUCAGGGCUCAGCUGCUGCAGUCUAGGGGCAGCAGCAGCAACAGCAGCAGCAAUAGCAGCAGCAGGAUUGUUGUGUGCAGGACAACCGCCCCAACGCAACUGCAGCAUCAGCAGCAGCAGCACCAACAUCAGAAGCAACGGCAGAAGCAGCAGCAGCUGCUGCUGCUGCAGCGUCGCCCCUCACUCAGUUGCUUGCCGCUGUGUGAUGUUUCUGCAGCACCGCAGAAGCCAGACUGCAGCAGCAGACCCCUGCCUAUCCCUGCAGCACUAGCACCAGCAGCAGCUGCUGCAGCAUCAAUGCAUACAGCAGCAGCAGCGGAUUCAGGGGCUUGGAGACUCGCUGCGACUCUCUACUCACCUGCAGCAGCAGCAGCAGCAGCAGCAGCAGCAACAGCAGCAGCAGGGUCGCUGCAUAGCCCAGACCGCACCUCAGUUUGCUCAACUGCGCCUGGGGAGGAUGUACUGCUGCAGCAGCAGCAGCAGCAACAGCAGCAACAGCAGCAGCGGCAGCAGCAGAAGCACCACCUGCAGCAAGAGAGUGCGUGCACAGAGGGGUUUUGGGAACAAGUCGAACUCCUAGGAAACCGUCUCACUCUGCAGCAGCAGCAAAAGCAGCAGCAGCAACAGCAGCAGCAGCAACAGCAGCAGCAGCAACAGCAGCAGCAGCAGCAGCUGUUGCUGGGGCUGCCCCUGUCUCUACCUGCAGCGAAUGCAGCAGCAGCAGCAGCAGGAGAAAUGGCAGCAAAAUUGAAGACCCCACAAGUGAGUGGAGUUGCAGCUGCAGCCUGGAACAAGCAAGCGAGAACAGCAGCAGCAGCUGCUGCUGCUGCUGCAGCAAUAACAGCAGCAGCAGCAGCACAAGCCGGGGGACCUACAACCACAUUUUCUGCUUCUCUAACUCUUGACGAGGUCUCCUCUCCUAUGCCUUCAGCUUGUACAACUCCCAGCAGCAGCAGCAGCAACAGCAGCAGCAGCAGCUGCUGCUGCGCCAGGUGCAGCAACAGCAGUUUCUGUUGGCCUGCCUACAGUUUGGAGCCUUGCAGAUGCAACAUACAGCAGCAGCAGCAGCAGCAGCAGCAGCAGCAGCUUUCUCUUCCUGGUGCCUGGUCGUGGCAGCCAUUGUCUUCUCGGGGUUUAAGGCUGCAGCAGCUGCAGCUGCUGCUGGGACAGGUCUCUCCUGCUGCAGCAACAGAAUGCCCUGUAGAGGAAUUCGCAUCAGCAGCACCCCUAGUUGGGGAUGAAGUAGCAGCAUCAGCAGCAACAGCAGCAAGAGCAGCAGCAGCAGCAGCAGCAACAGCAGCAGCGUCGCUGCCGUUUGUUCUGAAGAGCCCGCUAGCCUCCCCCAUCCGCUUUCUCCCAUUAAAUGCAGCAGCAACAGCAGCAGCAGCAGCAGCAGCUGCUGCUGCUGCAGCGGCUGCUGCUGCAGCAGGAGCAGAGGAGGACCGUACAGAUCUCCUCUCACCCAGCAGCAAAAGGGACGCCCCGCUGCAGCAAACCCAGCAGCAGCAGCAGAAGCAGCAGUGUGAGACACAGGAGGGGUCUGUAGCCUCCGCUAGAGCAGCAGCAGCAACAGGAGAAGCGCUGGCAGCAGCAGCACCGGAAGUAGCAGCAGCAGCAGAUGCAGCAGCAGCAGAUGCAGCGGCAGCAGAUGCAGCAGCAAAGGCAGCACAGCUCUUCUGGGCUCACCAACUGCAGCCUCAGUUGAAGCGCUGCAACAAGAGCAGUAGUAACAGCAGCAGCAGCAGCAGCAGCAAACGCAAGAACAGCAUCAGCAGCAGCAGCAGCGAGCGCACGAAGAGCAGCAGCAGAGGCACCAGCAAAGAAUUGCAUGCUACAGAUAUAUCCACUGCUAGAUACCCACCUAGGUGUAGCAACAGCAGCAGCGGCAGCAGCAGCAGCAGCAACCGGUGCAGCAGAGGCAGCAGCAGAGGCAGCAGCGGCAACAGACUCCUUUGCCUCAAGGCUGCAGCCCCUGUAGAUGCUGCUGCUGCAGCAGCAGCAGCAGCUGCUGCUGAAUUCUUUGCUGUUGGUGAAGCCUCUUCUGCUGUUUAUUGCAUGUGGGGUGAGAAGCAGCAGCGGCUGCUUGAGCCGCAAAGAACCCAGCUGCAGCAGCAGUAG